AUAUCUAGAAAGAAAAAAAACUUUAAGUAUGAUUGUAGGGUGAAAUUAUUUUUGCUUAUUGGUUAGAGAUAUGCAUUUUUUUGAUUUUGCAUGAGUUCUUUUCCACUUCAUGAAUUAAGAAAUUCCCCGUGUUUGAGAUGAUAUUUACAAAAAUUCGGAGACCAAACAUUCAUUUCUUCACUCACGCAUGCAUCUUCUGAUUGUGAUUGUGUUACAAAAUGAGAUUGAGAACCAUUAUUACAUUUACUUUGAAACACUCUAAUUCACUUCACACUCAUUCCCUUGCAAUUCCACAACAUCACCGCAACAACAACUACCUUAAACUUGUCCGUUCAUGCAAACACUUGAACCCUCUCCACCAACUCUACGCCCAUUUCCUUGUUUCAGGUCUCUUCCACCAAUCCAAUUCACCUCAAUCAACAUACCACCCAUCUCUCAUUCUUUGUAAUACAUUGAUUAGACUCUAUUCUACACUCCAUCACUUCCACAAAGCCAUACACUUGUAUCACACAAUGUUACAAAUUGGACUUCAACCUGACAAAUACACCUUUACCUUUGUUUUGAAGGCUUGUACUGCUGCUCUAGAUUUUCAUGAGGGUGUUUCUGUUUACCGUGAUGUAGCUGCUAAAGGGUUAGAAUGUGAUGUAUUUAUUGGGACUAGUCUUGUUAACAUGUUUUGUAAAAUGGGUCGUUUGGAUAGUGCAAGGAAGGUGUUUGAUAAAAUGCUUAAGAAAGAUGCUGCUUCUUGGAAUGUGAUGAUUUCGGGUUUGUCGCAGAGCUUGAAUCCUAGUGAGGCGUUGGAAAUGUUUUGGAAGAUGCAGAUGGAGGGUUUGGAGCCUGAUACUGUGAGUAUCUUGAACCUGGCUCCGGCUGUUUCUAGGUUAGAGGAUAUUGGCUCUUGUGAGUCUAUUCAUGGUUAUGUGGUUAGGAAAGGCGUUUGUGAGGUGGUUUCAAACUCAUUGAUCGAUAUGUACUCUAAAUGUGGUGAGAUACGUCUGGCUCGUCAUGUUUUUGACCGGAUGCGGGUUAUAGAUGAUGUCUCGUUGGCAACAAUGAUGGCUGGAUAUGUACGCCAUGGUUGUUACUUUGAGGUUCUUGAAUUGUUUGAUAAAAUUAAGCAUAGAAAUGUUAAGAUGAAUAAGGUAGCAAUUGUAAAUGCUCUUUUGGCUGCGGCAGAAAUGAGAGACUUAGAGAAAGGGAAGGAAAUUCAUAAUUGUGCUUUGCAGAUAGGGAUAAUGUCAGAUAUUGUUGUUGCUACUCCUGUAGUGAGCAUGUAUGCAAAAUGUGGCGAGUUGAAGAAGGCAAAAGAAUUGUUUCCGAGUCUUGAAGGAAGAGAUUUGGUUGCUUGGUCUUCUUUUUUAUCGGCUCUUGUUCAAGCUGGUUAUCCUGGAGAGGCAUUGUCUAUAUUUCAAGAGAUGCAGCAUAAAGGCUUGAAACUUGAUAAAGUGAUUUUGACGAUUCUCGUUUCCACUUGUGUAGAAAUUUCAAAUCUUAGAUUAGGGAAGACUUUGCACUGCUAUGCUAUUAAAGCAGAUAUGGAGUCUGAUAUCUCAACAGUAACAACUCUUGUCUCAAUGUACACUAGAUUUGAAUUAUUUAUGCAUGCUAUGAGGCUUUUCAACAGAGUGCAAAAUAAAGAUGUUGUGGUGUGGAAUGCUUUGAUAAAUGGGUUUGUGAAAUAUGGCGAUCCAUAUCUUGCAUUGGAAAUUUUCCAUAGAUUACAAUCAAGUGGUAUUCAACCAGAUAGUGGAACCUUGGUGGGUAUGGUUUCAGCUUGUUCCAUAAUGGAUGCCCUAGAUCUAGGAACAUACUUUCAUGGAAAUAUUAAAAAGCGUGGUUUGGAAUCUGACACUCAUGUAAAAGUUGCUCUAAUGGACAUGUAUGCCAAAUGCGGGAGCCUUUUCUCAGCUAAAUGCCUGUUUCUCUUAACCAAGCAUGUAAAGGACGAGGUAUCUUGGAAUGUAAUGAUUUCAGGGUAUCUGCAUAAUGGAUAUGCCAAUGAAGCGAUUUCCACUUUUCAACGGAUGAAAUUAGAAAACAUAUUGCCGAACUUAGUCACAUUUGCGAUCAUCCUUCCGGCUGUUUCGUAUUUGACAGUAUUAAAAGAGGCAAUGGCUUUUCAUGCCUGCAUAAUCCGAAUGGGAUUUCUAUCUAGUACCCUUCUUGGAAACAGUCUCGUAGAUAUGUAUGCUAAAUGCGGUCAACUUAGUUAUUCUGAGAAAUGUUUUCAUGAAAUGGAAAACAAAGACACUAUCUCAUGGAAUGCAAUGCUUUCAGGAUAUGCAAUGCACGGCCAAGGUGAACUUGCCGUCGCUCUUUUUUCACUAAUGCAAGAGACUAAUGUUCAUGUUGAUUCUAUUUCGUACAUCAGUGUAUUAUCUGCUUGUAGACACGCUGGUUUAAUUCAAGAAGGAAAGAACAUUUUUGCCUCAAUGUGUGAAAAGCACCAUGUUGAAUCCAAUAUGGAACACUAUGCCUGCAUGGUUGAUCUUUUGUGCGGUGCUGGUUUAUUUGAUGAAGCUCUUAGUUUAAUUAAUAAAAUUCCAACAGAACCUGAUGCUCAAGUUUGGGGCGCCCUCCUGGGAGGGUGUAAAAUUCAUUCCAAUAUUACAUUAGGAGAGGUUGCCCUGGAUCACCUUGUUAAACUUGAACCGAGAAAUGCCGCUCAUUAUGUAGUUUUAUCAGAUAUUUAUGCUCAAUGUGGUAAGUGGAAUGAGGCCAGAAGGACAAGAUCACAUAUGAAUGCUCAUGGCUUGAAGAAAAUUCCAGGAUAUAGUUGGAUUGGAGCCCACAAACAAGGUUCAUGCCUUUCUUGCUAGUAACGAAGCUCUGCCACUAUCAACACGGACUAGCAGAACAAAGGAGUUUUUUUUUCUUUAAAACCAAAAAGAGGAGAAGGUAUGCAAUCAAAGUUCCUCUUUCCGAUUACAAAUUGAAAAGAAGCCUUACAAGAAUCACCAAGUUAUGUAAUAACGUCUACUAGAAUUUAAAUACAUUAUUAUCGUGUAUAACACUUGAAAAUCUAAAAUGGCUAUCCCUGUGUGCUAUGUAACUUUUGGAGACUCCUCAUUUUGCAUUGCCUAGUUGAGCUGUCAUACAGCAGCUGGAGGAGUUAACAGAAAAGCAGCGAAGAUGACACAAAACAGCUCAGGAGUUGAUUAAAUCUGCUUCCUAGAAAGCUUUUGAGAAUUAGGAUUGCAAAUGCUGCAGAAGUAAGCUGAAGAGAACCGUCUAACCGUCUAAUUCUACAGCUACAGCAGAUGACAAAUUUGGGAAUGAAUAGGUGGUCCUGGUCGCAAACUUCCUGAACAAAAAGACCAGAGAAUACUGCCACUGUUUUGCACGAUGGUCAGGUUUCAUGUCACAUCUAUGAGAAGAGAUGGAAGGUAGCAAAUAUUUCAGGCAAAACCAUUCACAGUUAUUUGUUUUGUGAACACAAGAAAUUGGUGGAAAAGAUAAUGAAAUGAGGCAAAAAGGAUAGAGGCUGUUAGCAUUGGUUCUGAAUGUCCUGAGAGUCUAAGCAUUUCAUCUUUCAGUGUACAGUUUUUUUCUUCAUAUAGUGUUCAUUGCCUCUCCACAGUUUUGUAUGGUUAUAUGAACCCAGGUAGAUCAUUGGAUGACUAUUUCUGCCAAUUUACUUCUACAUAAUACUUAUAACUUAAGUAAGUUUUGGUAUAGUAUGUACCAAAUUUUUAUAUACCAGUAGAAAUAUA